AUGGUUCAAUUAACUAUUUCGUCGCUUGGACUCGCUGUGGGAUUCUUAGCAGCAAUUAUCAACGCGCAAGGCUAUCCUCAGGAUAGAUUCAGUCUGGAAAUCAUCCCUCGAGUCACCCCAACCGACCCUCCGACUCUCGCAAAUUACAACAGCAGUAGCCCGAUUUAUCUCGGAUCCAACGGCGGCGUCACCAACUCUUCGAAGGAAUAUGUUUGUAGUCUGUGGCCCUCGGUCCCAUAUGAGUUAGGUAGCGAACUGCACUGUGCGAAUGAGAACAACGCUCUAGGUAUUCAGAGUAACGUAGCGAGUCAAGCAUUACAUGCGUGUAUUCCACAAUACGCGUCUGAUAAGCCAGUGGGAUGCUUUUCUCGUGGCUUCAAGUUUAAUUACAUAACACGUCUUAUGGAGUGGCCGUCGUUUGGAAGCCGUUUCUGGUUGGUAGAGACGAGGGAUGGGGCUGGGGAGUUGAUCGGUGGACAAUCCCUUUGGGCGACUGUUAAAUCUGGUGAAGAGAGUGCUCCAGUUGCAGGGGCUGUGCCCGUGUCGUUGAGAGUUUACUCAAUCUAUAAGAUGCCAACGGGGCCACAUCGAGCAACGAGAUAUUAG